CAUACACAUAAUCUGUCUGCACAAACUCCUUCAACUCCUUAACAAUAGAGGCCGGCUUCAACACACCGUCGCGAGGGACCGGAGUUGCGCUCGACAUGCACCGGAGUGGCUCGGCGUGUGGACUGCUGGCAAUAUGGCCUCGGCUGGUCGCUUUGGACAACGGGUGACCCGUCAUGGAGAUGUUCCAGGAUUGACAGCCGUUGGACAGCCUGACUGGCGGACCCACCGCACCCGGGGCCACGCCGGAAUGCACUUGAUGGCUGCGGGUGAGUCACUGCGGGAGUAUUCCUGCUGGUUGCUGAGCUCCGCUGCGGAUGCCUUUGGCCCCUGUGCUGUGGGCCAUAGUGGCAUGUGUUCAGCAGAAUCAAGUUGUCUCAAGCAGUCAUGCCUGAGGCGCCAGUUGCUCUGGACGUGGCGGGGCAGCCUCAGGCGCAGGUGCCAGAAAGCGGCGCUGCUCAACAGCAAGCCCACGCACCAGCCCAAAUGCCGGACAUCGAGGCGGCAGUCGUGGGCGCAGACGUCGUAGUGAAGGAGGACAGCAGUGCAGACGAGGACGAGCACGUUCACUAUGCUCAUCGCGCUCCCUGGCUACGCGCCUUCGUGCUGGGCGCCAACGACGGCCUGGUGAGCGUGGCCGCGCUGAUGCUGGGUGUGGGCGGCGGCAGCGACGACCUGUCGGCUAUGCGCCUGGCCGGCAUUGCGUCCUGGGUGGCGGGUGCCCUGUCCAUGGCUCUUGGAGAGUACGUGUCCGUGGCGUCGCAGCUCGACACGGAGGAGGCGGACAUUGAGAAGGAGCGGCAGCAGCAGCUGAAGGGCCCCGCGGCGCGGGCGCACGAGCUCCAGGAGCUGACAGAGAUCUACAUCGGCCGCGGCCUCACGCCCGAGCUGGCGCGGCAGGUGGCGGAGCAGCUCACGGAGAAAGACGUCAUCCGCGCACACGCGCGUGACGAGCUGGGCAUCGACAUGGACGCCAUGGCGAACCCGCUGCAGGCGGCGGUGGUCUCCUGCAUUGCCUUCACGGCUGGCGCCCUGAUCCCGCUCCUUGCGGGCUCAUUCAUCCACGACCCAACCGGGCGGCUUGUGGCGGUGGCGCUGGUGGCUGUCCUGGGCCUGGCCGUGUUUGGGCUAACCGGGUCACUGCUGGGUGGAGCCAAGUGGUUCAUCGGCGCUUCUCGCGUCGUGAUCGGUGGAUGCCUAGCCAUGGGUGUGACGUUUGGAGUGGGCCGGGCGCUGGGCGCGAAGGUGACAUGAUCAACCUGUAGGGACGCGGCACGGCACCGGGUAUGCUCGACGGUUGUGGAGCUGUAUGGACGCUUCGUGGCGCUGUGUGUGUGAGCACUGUUGAGUUUUUGGGUGCAUGGUUCAGGGUAGGUCAUUGAGCGAGGCCGCUUGUGGCGGGCAAACACAUGAUUAUUCACGCUGCGUAGCAUUUCCGUAGUGUACAUGCCUUCUCGCCACCUUCUUGUACGUGCCGGAGUCACGGCGCACACCAGACGCAAUGUGUCAUAACACACAAGAGACGCAAUGUACGUUGACGGAGUGCAUGCAUAAGCAAAGGUCAUGCCGGGAUAAGGACGUGUUAUUUAUUGAAUGUGCGCGAAGCGGGGAGUGACAUUGGAGUACACAGGGUAUGUGUGCAACGACACUUGUACGAGAGGGAAGGAUGAAACUCGCAUGGAGGAGUGGUGUAGAAGCGCAGGAUGGACUCAGGUGACCAGUCCGCAGCAGUCUGCUUGCAUGGCGACCGUGCGUGUGUUAUGCCGGUCCAGCCCUUUCAGGUACAUGCCGUGCAGUUGUACGUCCCGUAACAGCAUUUGCCCAGCGGUGGUCCUCUUGUCCCAAUGGGAAUUUGGCGACGGAUGAGAGCCUCACAGAUGCCCUCCGUCGACCGGACCGGGCGAGUCUGCUUGCGAGGAUGGUGUAAAGAGCAUGCCCUUCUGGAACUAUGAUCCUCACACAUGGGCUAUUGGGCUGUGAUGGCAUUCGCGCAGCCUCCCCAGGCAUUACAGAAGUGGGCAGACGGGCACGUAGCACGAUUGCAGCUGGAACACUGUCAAAUGCUUGCCAAUGUGUGCAGGCGGCAUAGUAAACACAAGCAUGCAAGCCCAGCCCAGGGAAACGGGAAGCCGCCAUCAGAGGCUUGGAGCUUGGCUUGGAGUCACUGCCUGCGCGGCACUUGCGCCUGAGCACCGCGGCGGCGGCAGCGGCGCACUGCGCACGGAAGUGCACGAUCACGCCGGCAUGCACCAUAAGGCAAAGAGGCACCCAGGCACGCCGUAUUGAAGGCGAUUACGGUAGUCACACUCCCGCCCGGCCACUGCUUGCAUGCACUCUGCUUGCAUAUUCUCUGCGCACGCUCUGCGGUCGCUUGCUAGGACCACAAUAUGCUGGGCGCCAGGCGUCUGCACGCAGCGCCACCCCUUGCCCCCCGCUGUACGCCUGUACUACAAACUUUUCGGCUAGAACCCUGUGUCAGAUUCGCAGCUCGGCUGUACGGCCACUGUCGUACUAGCCUCACCGGGGGCGGAUAGGGGGCUUAUCCCCUGCUUGACCUGGCGGGGCUUCCCCGACGCCAACCAGGUCUCCCCUGACUCCCCCACGCUGGUAACGUGAGAGGGCGAUAUGAGCUCGUUUUAGGUCGAAUUGGGUUCUGGUGA